AUGAGGAUUUAUUGCAAUGAAUAUUUGCCCUACGGAUUACAAACUCAUAUCGUUAUGACCAUGGAAAAACUCCCAGUUAAGUCCAGGAUUACAAUAACCCUCAGUACACCCAGCUAUUUGGUGGCCUAUUUCGAAGUUGGAAAGCUUGCAACUGAGAUGCCUCCGAAGUUUCCCAAUACCUAUGAUCUGUGGCGGAAUUUUUAUGUCCUACAAGUCGAGGGAAAGUUUAAUGGCUUGUAUUUCGGAGCUCGGUGUUACCUUAAAGUGUUAAUGGGUCAGGUGGAAGCAGUAAUUCUUGGUGGAAAAAGUAGAAUGGCUAAUGCUAAUGAAGUUCUUUGGAUAAAUGGCUCCCUGAGUUACGAUUUUUCCAAGACGAGAAGGGAUUUACAGUUUUCCAAAUAUAGUUGGAGUUGUAAGUCUUUUGACGACAAUCUUAAUCCAUCCUGCCAUCGCAACAUAUCGUCGGCUGCUGUCUUUUUUAUUCCCGCCAAGUCUUUCAAAAUUGGGUGCAGAUAUGUUUUCAGUUUGAAAGUGACCAGAGAUGAUGAUCCCAAUAUUUCAUCGCGAAAAGAUCAAGUUGUUACAAUGAUCAGCAAUAAUGCCCUACAAGUAGCAAUAGAAUGUGAAAGAAACUGUGAAGGGGAUUACUUUAAUCCGAAAUCGAAGGUUCACCUUACUUCAAGAUGCAGCAACUGUGGAAGUCAAGCUGUGAGAUACAAAUGGUAUAUUGAUGAUCAGCCAAUGGUUGCAAUCCGUGAGUUGAUAUUUGAUGUGCAAACAGUAUCGAAUGAGAUUCGUGUUAGGCUUAUGAUUUUAUCAGAAGAUGGGCGAUAUGGUAGGACGGAUAGAACCCUCAUUGCGAACAUAGGUCCCACUGGUGGAUCAUGUUCGGUUUAUCCUAAGGAAGGCAUCGAGGCUACCACCCCUUUUUAUCCUUGUUGUAGACACUUUGUUUCUAUGAACAAACCAAUAGAGUUUUGGUAUUAUGCCGGUUCGGUACUACUCGGCAGUUGUGUUGACUGCAAUUGUGAGAUAUAUUUACCUAUAACUAAUGUCAUAAAAGUGCUUGCAUGUGAUGUUCUCUGGACAUGUCACACAAGUUUCAUAAAGGUUAAGGUCACCGCCCUGAAAACGAUUCCCAAAAAUAUGAAUAGCCUUCCAGAGAAAGCAUUCCUGCAUAGGUAUUUGCAAAGCAUACAAUCUAUAGCAUCGCAUAUAACUAGUGCGGAAUCUGGAAUAAAUAUGUUAAGAACUUUUUCGGCAAUCCAACCUCAGUCUGAAAGUUCACUUGCAAGAUUGGCUAACCUGACUAUAACAUUAGCACACCGUUUAUAUUCCGAAGAACAAAAAAAGGAUACUUUGUUAAUCAAGGUUGUUAACAGGAUCAAUAGUAACUUUGAGGAAAUAUACCAAAACGAUGAUGUGUCCUUUCUUACGAGGGAGCCUUUCAUCGAUACUCGACUAGCUUGUGGAGAGGUCUAUGAAAUAAUGAAGAGGUUAACCCAAAGAACUUCCCGCCCACCAUGGCCGAUUUAUAACGAGUAUUACCAGGCUUUCUUAAUGGGGCAAGUAAAGCAGUCCCUUAUUGAUAAGUUACUAGCCAAGAUUCAAGCAUUGGAAAAUGAAGAAUUCAUUUAUCCCUGGAUUAUUUGGCUGAAUUCUACUUGGGAAACGGAACGUUUACAUCGCCAUUUAAAUUAUCACUCCAAUGGACUUUUCCGAACAGACCUAAUUGAUGAAAGAAAGACGAAACAAAAGGUUUCAUUGGUGAUUUGGUGUGCUGAAAAGAUUCCAAGGAAGCCAUUCCGAUUCACAACUAGCGAUAAUAUUCAUAAAGUAAUGUUUACGCCAGAACUUAUUCAAGAGGUUCUGAAAAAAAAAGGCAGAGUUUGCAUUAAGAUCGUGUCGUUAAGGCAAAAACUUAAAUGGUGGUAUCCGCUUGAAAGGCAACCCAGUUCCCUUGUACUUUUUGUGCGGAUUUAUCGACAUUACGAUAAUUUCACUACGCAGAUACCUCUUAAUUAUAGUAAAUUUAGCUACAGGACGAAUAUUUCAUACUAUCCUGAAAAAUUCAAGGCAAUUUUAAUCCGUAAAGAGUCAAAGAUCAAGGCCGGAAUAUACGCCAACUGUAUGAGAGAAGGUACCCUUGCCUCCCUUCAGGAAGUACGUAUGUUCCGGAUAAUGCUAAUGGAGCAUACAUUGUUAGCUGUUCACUUUGUCAAAGCCACUCAUAAACUUCAGAUUGUUCUAAAAACAAAAAGGCCUUUGUUUCGCGAAAUUUCCAAAUCAAAAUGCAUAGUGCCCGCUGGAGUUAAACAUAAAAUUCUUCUCUUGCGAAAUAAUUGUCAUAAAGCACAACGAGCUUAUAUUGCGUUGAGAAUUUUCUCUGAACACCCCAUUAAACUUAGCUCGAACAUACCUAUCAAAAAUGGACCGGCGUCUUUUGCAUUCGUUUUCCAAAUUCGUAGCUGUGACACGUGGUCUUAUAAAGAUCCUCCAGAAGGCCAAAGGUGGUUACAAUACGGAUGCUACCCAUCUAUGGAUCUCACGGUAAAACAGGGCAUUCGUUGCGUUUGCAAUGUUCUUGGAACAUAUACCAACUAUUGGUAUUAUAUUCCUGUUAUUAAGGUACCAGUUUCUCCUUACGCAGAGGCACGUGCCAAACUUAUAAUUGCUGGCCUCUAUUACGCUGCCAUGAUAGCUUUAUUGGUAUGGAUAGCUUUAUUAUAUUUAUACCGAAAUAAAUUGCCCGCCAAGACGAUUUUUAUACCUAAAUGUGAACUGGAUGAUGAAUCAAACAGAGAUGUACACGAUAUAUUAAUCUCAUUGAGAACCAGUGGUAGAUUUAAUGCUGGUACCACAGCCUCCGUAACAUUGGUACUCUACGGACCAGAAAAUACUAAACAGAAGAUUAUAAUUGCACAGGAUCCGGAAAAUAUUCAGCUUAAACAGAAUUCUACAUAUUUCAUUUGGAUACGUACUUGCGAUAUUCGUAUACCGACAAAGAUAAUGGUCUCUCACGACAACGCUGGACGUUAUCCAAAUUGGUAUCUGCGCCGCAUCGAGGUGACCGACAUGCAAACCGGUGAAACGCAGGUCUUUCUGACCGAUGGAUGGGUGACAAAGAAUAAGGUUUUAUGUGCAUCAGAUUUGAUCUACAGGAAAGGAGAGGUGCGUUUACUAGACAAUAAGUGGAAUCGUUUUAAGCGUUUCUUUGAAAUGUCUUGGGUCAAUUGGUCACUAUGGCAACCGAUAAACGGAAGCUGGAGGGAAUCCCCUUAUUUCCCGCGCUUGACACGAGCCAAAAGAUUUUCCAUUUUUCUCAGCAAGUAUAUUGUUUUCUACACAAUAUGCGCUACGUACUUUGGCCCAACAACAACCGAAAGUUUGCAAUUGAAACGAUCCAGGGUUCUAAAUUACAAAGAUAUCAUAACUCUAGGCAUUGUUUGUGGUGUAGCGGAUAUAAUAUUGCGAAUAGUUUUUCAAUUUGUGCACUUAAAAUGGGGUUAA